GCUGCGUCAUUCUGCUGUGUGUUUAUGAAUGAGAGUCCCGCGGUGAUUCCGGGAAAAGGCGGGUCGCUUUACUCGCCUUUAAAUUUGCUCAAUUGUCCUAAUUUAAGUUUCCUAGUUCCGACUUUAGAGUACAUCGACGAAUAUCUGUUAUUCGGCUACGUCGGAGGAGGGAAAGAUCAAGUACGCAACAGGCAUUAGAAAACACAACCAUGACAUCAGAUGGCAGAGCCAGCAAAGCCCUCAAGGUGAAGAGGGAAUGUGGAGAAAAUGUUCCUGUGCUUACAGACAGUGAGCUCAUGUCUCUGUCGGUACGCGAGCUGAACCUGCUCUUGCGUGGUUUGUCGAGAGAGGAGAUCCAGAAGCUGAAGCAGAGGCGACGUACGCUGAAGAACCGUGGCUAUGCUGCCAGCUGCAGGGUGAAGCGUGUGUCUCAGCGCGAGGCUCUGGAGCAGCAGAAGAAGGAGCUGCAACGUGAGGUGGAGCGGCUGGGUGCUGAGAAUGCAGGCAUGCGACGAGAGUUAGAGGGGCUGGGAGCUCGGCUGGCUGCCCUGCAGCGCUUCGCUCGAGGCCUGGAGGCUGGAGGAGGAAGCCUUCUGGCUACGGCUCCUCGCCUUAACACGGCAUCUGUCAUCACCAUUGUGAAGAGCCCACAGCAGAGCCAUGCCCACAGAGGGCAAGAAGCAUCUUAGGGCUAGCUGCUAUUGGCAACAGGUGCACACGCAGGUACACUCUUAAAAAUAAAGUUGCCAAAAAGGUUUCUGUGGAGCAGUGCCAUAGAAGACUUGACUCCCUCAAGAACCUUUCAGUGUUCUUUAAAGAACUGUCUUUGUAAAUUGGAAAAUGUAAGUGUGAAGAAACUUUCACAUAACGCAUAUGAUCAAUACCAGUGAAAGUUGUUGUUUUUUUUCCCUAAAGAAUCGUAUGUCUAAGCCAAAAACCAUUUAUAAACUUUUAUUUUUAAGAGUGUAUAGAGGUACAUGACUUAUACCAGACACAAUAACUGGAUCCUUUAAGCUGAACUGAAUAACUGGCUGACUGGCAAGCAUUUCUGAUAAACAUUUUAAUAGAUAUUAUAGCUGUAAAUGUUUUUAGAUUGGUUAGAGUCAUUGUCUUACACUGUUCCAUGUAUAUAAGUCCCAUAAUACACACCACCAUUGCAUUUUAUUCACAUAUUUUGUGUUGAUAUCCACUUAUAUAAACAAGUCUUAUAAAAAUCCUAGACUGGUCUCUGUACCAUUCUGCCUCUGCCUAGUUAUUUGGGCACUAGAUUAUUUUUAUCUUGUUCUAAUGUUUGGAAUGUUUAUUAUUUCUCAAUGAUUUGACUUUUUUCCUCUUGUUUCUAUGGUUGGCCUAUUACAUUGAAUUUAACCAGCAAAAACAAGAGUAUUGUUGGUCAGUUUACAUGACAUUUAGCUUGAUUAUUAUAUUAUUAUUAUUAUUAUACGUUACUUUUUUACCUUACAUGGAAGGUAUAGUCAUAACUGUACAGGUCUUUACUGAAGUAAUGACUGAGCUUGACUUUAUAUCUCUGACUACCAACGUUUUGUAAGUUGGCAAAUAUUGCUGGAAUAUAUUGUUAAUUAUAAUUAGUCAUGGAACAGACCAGUAGAAUGCCACGUCAAUGCAAGCUGAUAUAUUCCUAUGUAAUUAUUUUUAAUACUUAAACAAAAGAAAUCUGCAGAAUUAAAUUUUUAUCUAUAUUUUAAGAUGAAGACCUUUAAAGCUAAAGAGUGCUGUGAUUUUAAGUCAAAAUACUGCUUAUGUAUGACUUAUCUUAGGGACAUUGUCAUGUCUAAAUUAUUCUAAUGCGUGUGAGUUAAUGUAAGUUUUACUGUGUUCAUGAGGAAUUUAACUAUGUUUAUAUAUGUAAAACCCGUUUACUGUAACAUGAUUCAGUGGGUCUGUGUGAAGGUCAUAUUUGUGUUAGUAUAGUAUAGUACAGUAUACUUCCAGUAGUGGUAUUUUUGUAUUUGAAAGUAAAAUAAUUUUUUGGUAUUUAUAAUGACAAAAGCUUAAAAAGUAUCACGAGAGUAAGAGGGCAAACAAUGGGAGCAAGGCAAAAAAUGAGGGCAAAGAAUGAAAAGUCAGGGAAAGAAUCAAGUGUAAGAAGAAAAGGGUGAUUCUGCAAGUGGUAGAGGGAACAUGAGACAGAUAGUUGUGGCUAUAAGUGAUCACAUUAACCCAUGGUUGACAAGAAAAUUACCAGCCAUUAGCCAGCAGCUGGGAGUAAUAUGUAUAUGGACUGGUAUUUCUAGAUCGAAAGAUUAUUUCUAGUUCCCAUUAAAUCUCAUGCCAAUAUUGAGCAGCACUUGAUUCAAAUAUCUUCUAAUCAUGCUUUCUGUUUCUAAACAUGCUGGGCGUUUUGUAAAGCAGCAAAACAAGUAUGUAUUUAUUAUCUGUAUUUUUCUAUGGUAAAGUAAAUAUAUUGUCUAUUUUAUACCAUUAAUUGGAAUAAAUGUAUAUAUUGUACAUACAACCAUGUGUGCUCAUUGAAAGAUGUUAUUUUGAAAUUUUGAAGACAGAAUCCUUAUUUAUUGUUUUACAUCUUGGCACAUCACAAGGAAAAAUAAUCCUUAAAGGAAAAAUAUACAUCGCUAUAUUAAAAAAAAUAAAUAAAGCAUUUACUUCAUCCCCAA